AUGCGGCAUGAAAAUCAGAUGUCUCAGUUGUCUAUUUGCAUCGCCGAAAAGCUUGCUACUUUACCAUCUACACCCUAUAAACCUUACCUGUUCAGAAUAAACGAUGCACUACGUAGAGAGAACAGUGAAGCAUACGAACCAGAAAUAGUAGCAAUUGGUCCUUAUCACCGCGGCAAAGUUAAGCUACAAAUGAUGGAAGAACACAAACUAUUGUACCUGCAAGAGUUGCUUAAACGGAGAAAUGAGUUGAGUGUGGAUAUGUAUGUCAUAGCCAUGCAAGAAUUGGAACAAAAAGCUAGAAAGUGUUAUGCUGAACCCAUUAAAAUGAACAGGGAUGAGUUUGUGGAAAUGAUGCUACUUGAUGGGUCCUUUAUAAUCGAGUUAUUUCGCAAGUUCUCUUGUGAAGAACAGGAACAGAUAGAUGACCCUAUUUUUCAAGCAAGUGUCAUUUGGUUGAAUAUACGUCGUGAUCUUUUGUUAUUUGAGAAUCAACUUCCAUUCUUUGUCCUCUCCAAGUUAUUUGACAUGAGCAAAGAUUCAAACCAAGGAGGCCCACAAGAGAAUAUUUUAGUCUUAGCUCUCAAAUUUUUACUUCAAGCCAUUCCAGAUAUCUCGUAUUUCAAAACGCCUGAAACUCCAGAGAUCAAUGACAAUCAUCUUCUGAGCCUUGUACAUGGUAUCUGGUGUUCUAGAUUUGCUACAAUGGUGCCUUCUCGGAUUGAUGCAAACCAAGAAAGGGGAUGGAGUUUUAUAAAAUGUACAACAGGGCUUCGAGAAUCUGGGAUUAAAUUCGUGAAGGCUACAGAUAGUUUCUCGUUGUUUGAUAUAAAGUUCACAAAUGGAAUCGUGAAAAUUCCCAGACUGAAAAUUGUUGAUCGUACUGAGUGCCUCUUCAGAAAUAUGGUUGCAUACGAGCAAUACAAAGGAAAAACUAAGCCAGCUUAUGUGACUGACUACGUGAUUUUUAUAGAUCGCCUCAUCAACUCCCCAAUGGAUGUCAAAAUACUUGAUGAGUGUGGAGUUAUUGAUAACUGGUUAGGGAAUGAUAAAGCAGUUUCUUUCAUGGUUAACAAAAUGUCCAAUCAAGUCGGUCUAAAUCCUAAUAUGUUUAGUUAUGCGGAAGUUUUCAAUGACAUUAACGAGCAUUGUGGACGUACUUGCCAUACAUGGAUGGCCAAUUUAAACCACAAUUAUUUCAACAACCCAUGGUCUAGCAUUUCGGUCAUUGGUGCUUUUGUGUUGCUGGUACUCACCGGGAUACAAACUAUAUGCUCUAUCUUACAAAUCUAG